AUGGCGAAAAUAGCUAGAAAUUCAAAAAGGGAAGACCUCAUGCCACUAACAUGCCAACUGUCCACGACAUGGGAGGAAGCAAUAACGGAUGAAAGAAAAACUUGCAUAGAGAAAGCAACGAAAGCAUGUGAAGUAAUCUGCAGUGUUAUAGCUCCGAAAGACGGCGAAAAGCUUUUUCAAGCGAUUCACCAGCCUACCGCGAACGAUCUUGAUGAACCAACAGAGGAUCUUAUUGCUUCGAUGUCUGCAUAUCGAGAUGCCAUGACAAAGAAAUGUUAAGAUUCAAAUACUCAACUUCUACGCUUAUCGGAUUACCAUGAAGCUGUUAAAGAAAUUCCACGAGCCUUAUGAAAAGAUAAGUUUGAGACAAAUAAAACGAGCGAGAUUGCAUGCAAGGAAACGAGGGCCUGGGUCAAAUGUCCCGAAAGUAUUCAGCCAUCGAGUACGUCUGGACACAAGCAAAGUCAACCACUUUAUAGAUUUUGUAAACCGUCCUUAUUUCUACCAAGGCGUCGCCUUUGGAACGCGGACACUGACCUUAGAUGGGGGAGGCAAAAUAACAAUGUCAAACGUAAUCCGGACCGUGACUGGAUCGACCAUGAUUAUGUAGUACCUUCAACAUUGCAAAGAAGAAUCAUUUGAACCGGCUAGCCGCACAACCCUUUUUCGCAUUCUUGAAGUGAGAGAGGCUUCAUCGCAGAAGUCUCUCAGUGGUCUUGACAACAUUGCAGCGAAGGGUCGCAUCUUUUGAGCGGCUAUUGAGUAUUCUAGAAGAGCUGAAUCAGGCUGGUGGCGACAAAAGAAGUAGAGUUACAGAACUGGCAAAGAGAUUGAACGAUGGCAAAAGAUACCUGAAGACGGAGUUUAAAGUGAACUGUUCAGCAGAGGAGAGUGAGUGCGCAGACCACUGCAGAAAAUUUGCGUUAAGCGAUCCAGUUGAUCCAUGCUUCGACAAUCAGAGCUCACACUCACACAAUAUGGUGUGAGAACAAUGCGAACAAUUGAAGGCAACGUUGGACGAGAUGGAAGAAAGUAUAAAGAAACACUCCAGCCAUCUUUACAGUCAAGAACAAAAGUCUGUCAUUGAUCUUCUUUACGAUCUAAGAAUGGCAUUUUUCUUUGGAAAUCUCAUGCCUUACGCUCUGUUAACCAAGAAUCUGCUAAACAAGAAGCCCUUCAAAGUCUUGACAGUCAAUCAGUCCUUUUUGCUAUUGACUGGGCGAUGAAAUUUCUUUAAAUGAAAUACAGAGAAAAGAAAAGUGAAUGGUUUGCUAAAAGAGGCCUUAGCUUGCAUAUAAGCAGUGUGGUAUCAAAAGACCAAGAAACGCAGAAAGCUAAGGUCCUGUCGUGUACCCAUUUAUUAGAUUCGUGUUGUCAAGAUUGGUAUGCGGUUGUAUCUAUUUAAAAAAAACCUUUUUCAAAACAUCAAAGUAAAUUUUCCAAAUGUUAAGUAGGCAUUUUUACGUUCUGACGAGGCUGGCUGCUACCCUUGCAAUCACCUAAUAGCAGCAGUCAAAGAUAUUGGAGAUCGAGUGGGAAUUACAGUUGCACGUUAUGAUUUUUCAGAAGCCCAGCAAGGAAAGGAUGUUUGUGACAGGGUACUUUGUCCCAUGA